AUGGCUUUGGCCAUUAAAAUAGCUAUAUGGGUUAGGGUUCCACUCCUACCCAUGGAAUUCUACGAGGACGAUAAUUUGAAGGAAAUUUCGGAGAAAUUGGUCAAAUCGCUAAAAGUGGAUAACAAUACAAUUGUCACUGCUAGGGGCAGUUAUGCUCGAAUCUGUGUAGAAAUGGAUCUCAGCAAACCUCUUCCUCCUUCCAUCGCUAUGGAAAAAUUUGAUUAUUAUCUUGAAUAUGAGCACUUACAUCUCAUAUGUUUUGCUUUUGGCAGGGUUGGCCACCGGCGGGAGAAUUGUGGAGUGGCGUCGGCGACGAACAAGUCUGGGAUUGCUGGAGAAACAACCGUUGAUAGUCACAUCAGGGCUGACAAAAAACUUGUCCGGUUCAAUGGCAAAUCGCGUCAGACGAAGCUACUGAAAUCGGAUAUGGGGAGUGGAUGGUUGUGGCGAGAUGGCCCAAGAGAUCAAACAGAGCAUAUGGGCCACCAUAUGGGGAAAGUCAGGCCCAGAAAAAUAAUUAUUGUAGAAAUGCCAAGCCCAAUGAUCAACCUAGGGCGGGGACAAAAAAAAUCAAGAUUCUAA